AUGAAAAUUUUAGAAGAUUAUUUUGUUGGAAAGAGUCACGCAUGGAGAAAUAAGAUAACGACGCAUAAAUAUUUUGGUGUUUUUUUAAUGGAUACUUUUGAUUUUCAUAAUAAUGCAGAAGAGAAAAAACCCGAAUCAUUAUUUUAUACGCCAAUAACUAUUAUAAUUGAUUUAAUUUGGUAUAUUUAUAAAUCUUGGUUCUAUUUUGUAUCACCAAUAUGUCAACUUGUGAUUGGUGUCGUAUUUAUACAUCAAUGUCCAAUACAACGAUUCAUUCCAAUAUAUUUACUUGUUUCAAGCGCUGGAUCAUUUAUAUUCUUAGGGAUAAAUAUAUUUCUGAAAUUGGUUAAUUAUAUUGCUUUGGCGCGAAAUACUGUACAGUUGGUUAAAUGCUGUAUUUCAACAAAUUGCGCAAUUAAUUGUUGUGCAUUUUCAAUAAAAAUACCUUAUCGUCUGUUUUCUUUUAUUUGGUUUAUUGCUUUUUUAGGUUGUGAUUGUUGUUUGCGUAAUCCAAGUCUACAAUACUUUUGUUGUCCAAUGCUCGUUGAUCAAGAAUUAAUUGCCGAAUCUUCAUUUGAUUUACAUACAUUUCCGCCAGUAGUUUCGAUGCUACAAACAUCAGCAGAACCGUUGAGAUUUCCUGCAAUUGAACAAACAACGCCACAUUCAUCAAGACCUGUUUCAGAAAUUGAUAAUCCAUUGCAAGAAAUGAGUGUUGUAUCGUUACCAGUAAUGACUGAAAGGUUUUGA